AUGGGAGACGUUGAAAUCAAGCAGAUUGCAAGGUGGGGCACUUUGACUGACACAUUGUAUCGGUCACGUCAGAUUCCUGGGUAGAUGGACAGAGGUCCGGCGGGACCACCCAGGCUUCCAGCCCAGAGGAUGCAUAGUUGCGUACAUUACUGGGUCUGGACCGAGCCAACCACUGGUUGGCUUGGUAUGUGGAUAAAUGGGAUCUCAUCCAAUACAUGAUUGUUGACAGAUGUGGUUGUUCUUAUCAGGGCUACCUCACCACCAGCCCCAAAAACGUCAACCCACCCACCGCCUGGGUGAGUGCCUAUGUCGUUAGUGAAGCAGACUACCGGUCAAAAGUUUUAUAACACCUUCAAGGGUUUUUCUUUAUUUUUACUAUUUUCUACAUUGUAGAAUAAUAGUGAAGACAUCAAAACUAUGAAAUAACACAUGGAAUUAUGUAGUAACCCAAAAAGUUUUAAACAAAUCAAAUAUAUUUUAUAUUUGAGAUUCUUAAAAUAGCCACCCUUUGCCUUGAUAUUCUCUCAACCAGCUUAUGGGGUAGUCAUCUGGAAUGCAUUUCAAUUAACAGGUGUGCCUUCUUAAAAGUUAAUUUGUGGAAAUUCUUACCUUCUUAAUGCAUUUGAGCCAGUCAGUUGUGUUGUGAUAAGGUAGUGGGAGUAUACAGAAGAUAGUCCUAUUUGGUAAAAGACCAAGUCCAUAUUAUGGCAAGAACAGCUCAAAUAAGCAAAGAAAAAUGACAGUCCAUCAUUACCUUAAGACAUGAAGGUCAGUCAAUACAGAACAUUUCAAGAACUUUGAAAGUUUCUUCAAGUGCAGUCACAAAAACCAUCAAGCGCUAUGAUGAAACUGGCUCUCAUGAGGACCGCCACAGGAAUGGAAGACCCAGAGUUACCUCUGCUGCAGAGGAUAAGUUCAUUAGAGUUACCAGCCUCAGAAAUUGCAGCCCAAAUAAAUGCUUCACAGAGUUCAAGUAACAGACACAUCUCAACAUCAACUGUUCAGAUGAGAUUGUGUGAAUCAGGCCUUCAUGGUCGAAUUGCUGCAAAGAAACCACUACUAAAGGACACCAAUAAUAAGAAGAGACUUGCUUGGGCCAAGAAACACGCUCAAUGGACAUUAGACAGGUGGAAAUUUGUCCAAAUUUGACAUUUUUGAUUGCAACCGCCGUGUCUUUGUGGGUGAACGGAUGAUCUCCGCAUGUAUAUUUCCCACCGUAAAGCAUGGAGGAGGAGGGGUUAUGAUGUGGGGGUGCUUUGCUGGUGACACUGUCUGUGAUUUAUUUAGAAUUCAAGGCACACUUAACCAGCAUGGCUACCACAGAAUUCUGCAGCGAUACGCCAUCCCAUCUGGUUUGGGCUUAGUGGGACUAUCAUUUGUUUUUCAACAGGACAAUGACCCAACACACCUCCAGGCUGUGUAAGGGCUAUUUUACCAAGAAGGAGAGUGAUGGAGUGCUGCAUCAGAUGACCUGGCCUCCACAAUCCCCCGACCUCAACCAAAUUGAGAUGGUUUGGGAUGAGUUGGACCGCAGAGUGAAGGAAAAGCAGCCAACAAGUGCUCAGCAUAUGUGGGAACUCCUUCAAGACUGUUGGAAAAGCAUUCCAGGUGAAGCUGGUUGAGAGAAUGCCAAGGCAAAGGGUGGCUAUUUGAAGAAUCUGAAAUAUAAAAUAUAUUUUGAUUUGUUUAACACUUUCUUGGUUACUACAUGAUUCCAUAUGUGUUAUUUCAUAGUUUUGAAGUAUUCACUAUUAUUCUACAGUGUAGAAAAUAGUAAAAAUAAAGAAAAACCCUUGAAUGAGUAGGUGUUCUAAAACAUUUGACCGGUAGUGUAUACUGAACAAAAAUAUAAACGCAACGUGCAACAAUUUCAAAGGUUUACUGAGUUACAGUUCACAUAAGGAAAUCAAUUGAAAUUAAUUAAUUAGGACCUAAUCUAUGGAUUUCACAUGACUGGGAAUACAGACAUUCAUCUGUUGGUCACAGAUACCUUACAAAAAGGUAGGGGUGUGGAUCAGAAAACCAGUCAGUAUCUGGUGACCACCAUUUGCCUCAUGCAGCGCCACACAUCUCCUUCGCAUAGAGUUGAUCAGGCUGUUGAUUGUGGCCUGUGGAAUGUUGUCCCACUCCUCUUCAACGGCUGUGCGAAGUUGCUGGAUAUUGUCAGGAACUGGAACACGUUGUCGUACAUGUCGAUCCAGAGCAACCCAAACAUGCUCAAUGGGUGACAUGUCUGGUGAGUAUGCAGGCCAUGGAAGAACUGGGAAAUGUUCAGCUUUGAGUAAUUGUGUACAGAUCCUUGCGACAUGGGGCUGUGCAUUAUCAUGCUGAAACGAGGUGAUGGUGGCGGAUGAAUGGCACUACAAUGGGCUUCAGGAUCUCAUCACGGUAUCUCUGUGCAUUCAAAUUGCCAUCAAUCAAAUCUCAGACGAUCCCGCAGGUGAAGAAGCAGAAUGUGGAGGUUCUGGGCUGGCGUGGUUACACGUGGUCUGCAGUUAUGAGGCUGGUUGUAAGUACUGCCAAAUUCUCUAAAACGACGUUGGAGGUGGCUUAUGGUAGAGAAAUUAACAUUACAUGAUCUGGCAACAGCUCUGGUGGAUAUUCCUGCAGUCAGCAAGUCAAUCGCACGCUUUCUCAAAACUUGAGACAUCUGUGGCAUUGUGUUGUGUGACAAAACUGCACAUUUUAGACUGGCCUUUUAUUGUCCCCAGCAUAAGGUGCACCUGUGUAAUGAUCAUGCUGUUUAAUCAGCUUCUAGAUCUGCCACACCUGUCAGGUGGAUGGAUUAUCUUGGCAAAGGAGUAAUGCUCACUAACAGGGAUGUAAACACAUUUGUGCACACAAUUUGAGACAAAUAAGAUUUUUGUGUGUAUGAAACACUUCUGGAAUCUUUUAUUUCAGCUCAUGAAACAUGGGACCAACACGUUACAUGUUGCGUUUAUAUUUUUGUUCAGUCUAUAUAUACAGUGCAUUCGAAAAGUAUUCAGACCCCUUGACUUUUUCCACAUUUUGUUACGUUACAGCCAUAUUCUAAAAUGGAGUAAAAAAAUUAAUAAUCUUCAUCAAUCUACACACAAUACCCCAUAAUGACAAAGCAAAAACUGUUUUUUAGAAAUGUUUGCAAAUGUAUAAAAAAAAAAAACGGAAAUAUCACAUUUACAUAAGUAUUCAGACCAUUUACUCAGUACUUUGUUGAAGCACCUUUGGCAGCAAUUACAGCCUUGAUUCUUCUUCGGUAUGACACUACAAGCUUGGCACACCUGUAUUUGGGGAGUUUCUCCCAUUCUUCUCUGCAGAUCCUCUCAAGCUCUGUCAGGUUGAAUGGGCAGCGUUGCUGCACAGCUAUUUUCAGGUUUCUCCAGAGAUGUUCGAUCGGGUUCAAGUCCGGGCUCUGGCUGGCCCACUCAAGGACAUUCAGAGACUUGUCCCGAAGACACUCCUGCGUUGUCUUGGCUGUGUGCUUAGGGUCGUUGUCCUGUUGGAAGGUGAACCUUCGUCCCAGUCUGAGGUCCUGAACGCUCUGGAGCAGGUUUUCAUCAAGGAUCUCUCUGUACUUUGCGUUGUUAUCUUUCCCUCAAUCCUGGCUAGUUUCCCUGUUCCUGCCACUGAAAAACAUCCCCAUAGCAUGAUGCUGCCACCACCAUGCUUCACCGUAGGGAUGGUACUAGGUUUCCUCCAGACGUGACGCUUGGCAUUCAGGCCAAAGAGUUCAAUCUUGGUUUCAUCAGACCAGAAAAUCUUGUUUGUCAUGGUCUGAGAGUCCUUUAGGUGCCUUUUGGCAAACUCCAAGCGGGCUGUCAUGUGCCUUUAACUGAGGAGUGGCUUCCGUCUGGCCACUGUACCAUAAAGUCCUGAUUGGUGGAGUGCUGCAGAGAUGGUUGUCCUUCUGGAAGGUUCUCCUAUCUCCACAGAGGAACUCUGGAGCUGUGUCAGAGUGACCAUUGGGUUCUUGCUCACCUCCCUGACCAAGGCCCUUCUCCCCCGAUUGCUCAGUUUGGCCAGGCGGCCAGCUCUAGGAAGAGCCUUGGUGGUUCCAAACCUCUUCCAUUUAAGAAUGAUGGAAACCACUGUGUUCUUGGGGAUGUUCAAUGCUGCAGACAUUUUUUGGUACCCUUCUCCAGAUCUGUGCCUCGACACAAUCCUGUCUCGGAGCUCUACGGACAAUUCCUUUGACCUCAUGGCUUGGUUUUUGCUCUGACAUGCAGUGUCAACUGAGGGACCUUAUAUAGACAGGUGUGUGCCUUUCCAAAUCAUGUCCAAUCAAUUGAAUUGACCACAGGUGGACUCCAAUCAAGUUGUAGAAACAUCUCAAUGAUGAUCAAUGGAAACAGGAUGCACCUGAGCUCAAUUUCGAGUCUCAUAGCAAAGGGUCUGAAUACUUAUGUAAAUAAGUUAUUUCAGUUUUUUAUUUGUAAUACAUUUACAAACAUUUCAAAAAACCUGUUUUCGCUUUGACAUUAUGGGGUAUUGUGUGUAGAUUGAUGAGGAUUUUUAUUUUAUUUAAUCAAUUUUAGAAUAAGGCUGUAAUGUAACAAAAUGUGGAAAAAGUCAAGGGGUCUGAAUACUUUCCGAAUACACUGUAUGUAAAGAGAGAGAGAGAGAGAGACGCAUACAGAUAGAUGCAGAUAUAUACAUUGUUUUAUCUAGAUGGAGAGACUAAGUGAUGAGUCAUGACAUUAUUACUACUUUGGUUUGUGAGGUAGGACUAAAGGAAAAGAAAGGGAACCUGUAUGCUUGGGGUGGGCUUAUUAGAGGCAAGGCUGGACAGCUGUGCAGCAGGUGCCUCCCCCCUACCACCAACCCCAUCGGGGGGGGGGUGGGGGGGGGGGGGGGGGGGGGGCACAUGGAGGGGUGGAAUGCAUGGCGAAUACCUCGGACUGCAAGGCCCAGACAAAACACAUAUUGUGCGGUUAGGUGACGGAUGGUGUGAGUAGUCACUCCCCAUUGGUCCUCGCCUGACAGAGAUGUCUGUAGAGCAAUUAUAACAGCUGAGCUGUGACCACCAUGAUAUCAACCAGUGACCACAACCAGGGUGGUGUUCAUUAGGCACAAAAUGAAAGAAAACAGUCAGAACCGUUAUAAAACAGGGAGGUACUGUCGAAACUCGUCCAAUGAGAAGAGCUCGUUUUCGUUUUCUGUUGCAAAACAUUUUGGGACGGUUUGCCCUUAUGAACAUGAUCCAGGAUAUGGGCCAAAAUGAUGAUGAUGAUGAUGAUGAUGAUGAUGAUGAUGAUAAGAAAGACGUGUUUUGUUGUGGCUGGAAGUGUUCAGGAUUCACGGUGAGACGCUCCCUGGAUAUUUAGGACAUAAGUCCUUCUCUCUCUGGGUCCACACUUCACACGCCCUGUUAAUACUCUCUGCUGCCUCACUGGGCUUUAGUAUUGUGUCAUGGGAUUGUAUUACCUGCUCCGAGUUUAAUGAGAGAGAGAGAGAGAGAGAGAGAGAGAGAGAGAGAGAGAGAGAGAGAGAGAGAGAGAGAGAGAGAGAAAUGGUGACCCAAGAGUGAGGGAGAGAAAGAGAACAGGGGGAGAAAAUAGCAUCGCAAUAGCAUUGUAUCAGCGUCUCAUCAUCCUCGAUGCUAAACUCACAAUAUGAUUUAUGGCUUGGCAAUCUCAGGCCUGCUCUUACAACAUGAAAACAUUGACAUCAGCCUCUCUCGCUCUCUUCUGUUGUCUGUAUGUUGGGAUGGAGCCAGCAUCAUUUGCCACUGACUCCACUGAAACUCAAUUGCAGCAAUAGGGAUGGUCACACUCUUGUUUUAAGAUUGGUUCCACAGAACAUGCCGCCCAAAAAAAACAACCCACAAAACCAUCAUGUCAUGAAUCAUAAAUAAACGCUUUCGCUCUCUGUUGUUUCCCAGCUCUGUUGCUCACUGGGAUCAAAAACACAACUUUUCCCUCCCUUCAGGAGGAUGAAAGAAUGAAUGAAAAAGAGAGAAAGAGGCCAUGUCCGAAAUCUGUCUUGCCUACUACUUACUAAAGCUGCAUACUGUGUACUAAUCAUACUACAUACUAUUAAGAAAGUACUGUUUAGUAAGAAUGUAUGCAGUAAGCAACAGAUAUCACCAUACUAGACUCACCCAUACUGAUAAUGCGUCAUCUAAUGUGCAACUACACCGUUUCCCGCCAUUCCUUCGUUUUUGGUACAGCACGUCUCAUUAUCAGCUGCUGUCAAACACACGUGGAUCUGAAAAUAUUAUUCUGUUCCUCAAUAGCAUGCAGCGAAUUUGUAGUAGAUGAAAAGCCGAAACGAGUAUGACAUCCAUUACAUGGUAUUUAAAGCAUACAUUAUUUUUUUUUUUACAUACUAUAAAACCUAUUUUCACAUACCAAAAAUACCCAAAAUGCCUACUGUUUAGAACGCAAUUAUGGGUAUUUGGACACGGCCAGUGUUGUGUUCGAGACCACCUAAAGUGAGACUGAUUCAAGACCGGAGCAAAUCGAGUCCGAAUCAAGACUGGAGGUGGAGGCAAGACCGAGUCAAGACGAGUCAAGACCGAGACCGGACAAAUGCAAGUCCAAUUCAAGACCAUGAUUGUAAUUGUCACAUUGCCACGAUAAGAGUUCAAAAUGUUCUGUCUUCAUAUUUCAGAAGAACAGUAUGUUCUUCCUUAUACCGAGACAAGACCGAGACACUCAAUAUAUUGUCUCGAGCCCGGUCUCAUGUACUACUAAAGAAAGAAAGAAAGAAAUAGAAAAGAAAACGCCCUCUCUUUGGACAGGGUCCAGCCCUACUGCUAUGGUUCCAGCAGCCCAACAGCCCAGGCACUGUGGCUAUAAUCUAAUUAAAUGCUUUAUUUGCCACAAUUUGUUUCUCAAUCAGUCUUGUUCAGGGAGGAGAAAGGAGGAGGGAGGAGAAAGUCCUCCCCCCAUGCCCCUAUUUACACCUCUUUGUUCCAGCUAAGCAGGUCCCUGUCACUGGGUCCUGUCUAGGUCUUAGCACUACUUUUAUCCACGUAGAUAAACGUCUGAAAGAUGUGCAUAGGACUUAAAGACUGUAAACGCCUGUGUAGAGGGUGUCAAUCAAUCUCUCCCACUGCUAAAGAAGCACUGACACAUCCAGGCGGCAAAGGAGCGUCCCUCAGCCUUUCUUCUUCCUCGCUCAAACAAAUGAGAAACAAAGGGAACUACACCUCCCAGUAAGAGAGUGUAGAGAAGAGAUGGAGAGAGGAGAUGGAGAGAGGAGAUGGAGAGAGGAGAUGGAAAGAGGAGGCGCAGAGGGGAGGUACACAGAGAUCAGCGCCCCUGGACUAAUUCCACUUCCCCUGACUAGAGUGUCCAACACAAAGGGUACAUUUGUCCUCGCGGUAUGGGACUGCCUGGUCCUGUAUGGGGAUCUGGGGGUGCUCGUCUCAGGAGUACACUAAUGGCCAACGAGAGAUAUCAAAGGAAAGUAUCAUGAUGCCAUCAAGAGGGUUUAUGGGAAAACAAAAGCAGGCUUUUCCACGGGCCCGGGUCGUCAUUUACAUGGAAAUCAGGCGGCACUCUGCCUAGUAUAGACUCCUCAAUAUCAUCUACUGUGCAAUUUUUUCCCCCUCACAAAUACCUUCUUGAACUCCAUCAGCUGAGACGAUUUUGGGUUUACUUGUAACCCCCCCCCCCCGCCAACCAACUUCGUCCUCUUCUAGUGCCCCCCCCCCCCCCCCCCCCACACACACCAAUAGCCUCUCUCCCACCCUCCUCUUCUUUGGGUGCAUUUUUCCUCGUUUCAGUGUUACCCAGGCAACCUCAUUCACCCAGAAUAUAAAGGGAAGUAAAAGGCAGGCAUGGUGCAAGGACCUGCUCACAACAAUGACGUUUGUUCAUAUUCAGGCUGGCUGAAAGGUCCUAUCCUUCCUCCUACCACCCCAUCACCCCUGCUUAACACAUCACCCCCUCCUCUACUUUUCCUUCCCUCUCACUCCCUCUCUCUCUCUCUCUUUCCCUUCAUCUCUCACUUUGUGAAAAGAUAGCACUAUUAAAACUUUUUCAGAGGAGAGUUUAGAGGGAGCUGUGCCGAUACAGUCCUCUGGAUCCAAUUUAUGUCAGUUAGAGAGGGAAAGAAAGAAAGAAGAAAAAGGGAAACAAAUUAUUUUAAUUUCUCUGUUUGGCCUUGCGUCAUACACUCUUUACAGAAGGUGACUGGCUGUGUGACAGCGCAGCGUGGGCCAAUCAGGAAAGCCUUUGGCACCUUUUCUGUCAAGGUUAACUCAGACAAGUGGGCUGUGUGGAUAUAGACUUAAAGUCCCUGUAAUUCAUCACAAACCUGUUACCCUUUUCACAUUACGGAACCAAACCAAGUAAGCCAAGCAGUACUAGGCUGGCCUGAUGCAUCCACCAUAGUUACUGAAACUGUGGCGGAAGAAACUAAAUAUCUGAGUCAACACAGUACGGUUCAGGGGCCUCAUUUAUAAAUGUUGUGUACAUAUAAAAUAUACCCCAAAACAUGCGUGUGCCAUUUUCCUGCAAAAGUUGCCAUUUAUAAAAACGGAACAAACUUUAGACUAUGCGUAUGCAUAUUGUAUAGUGGUUGAAGUAUUGUAUUGCAAAAUGGGAGAUAUGAUAUGAUGACACGAUUGUUUUCCCCAAAACCCCCCACAAAAAAACAGGAAAACAUAACAACAAGAUGCUGCCAUUUGCCAUUAGUGAGAAGAGUGAACAUCAAUGUAUUGUAUUUUUGGAAUGUAAAAUAAUUUGACAUACAGUGCCUUCAGAAAGUAGUCAUACCCCUUGACUUAUUCCACAUUUGUUGUGUUACAGCCUGAAUUCAAAAUUGAUUAAAUAAAUAAAAAUCUCACCCAUCUACACACAAUACACCAUAAUUACGAAGUGAAAACAUGUUUUUAGAAGUUUUAGCAAAUGUUUUGAAAAUUAAAUACAGAAAUAUCUAAUUUACAUAAGUAUUCACACCCCUGACUCAAUACAUGUUAGAAUCACCUUGGGCAGUGAUUACAGCUGUGAGUCUUUCUGGGUAAGUCUGUGUAAGAGCUUUGCACACCUGGAUUGUACAAUAUUUGCCCAUUAUUCUUUAAAAAAUGUUCAAGCUCUGUCAAGAUGGUUGUUGAUCAUUGCUAGACAGCCAUUUUCAAGUCUUGCCAUAGAUUUCCAAGCCGAUUUAAGUUAAAACUGUAACUAGGCCACUCAGGAAACAUUCAGUGUCGUCUUGGUAAGCAACUCCAGUGUAUAUUUGGCCUUGUGUUUUAUUUUAUUGUCCUUCUGAAAGGUGAAUUUGUCUCCCAGUGUCUGUUAGAAAGCAGACUGAACCAGGUUUUCCUUAAGGAUUUUGCCUGUGCUUAUCUCUAUUCCAUUUUUAUUUUUAUCCUAAAAAAAACUCCCUUGUCCUUGUCGAUGACAAGCAUACCCAUAAAAUGAUGCAGCAACCACCAUGCUUGAAAAUAUGAAGAGUGGUACACAGUGAUGUGUUGGAAAUGCCCCAAAAAUAACACUUUGCCAAAUUUGUUGCAGCAUUACUUAACUGCCUUGUUGCGAACAGGAUGCAUGUUUGGGAAUAUUUGUAUUCUCUACAGGCUUUCUUCUUUUCACUCUAUCAUUUAGAUUAGUAUUGUGGAGUAACUACAAUGUUGUUGAUCCAUCCUCAGUUUUCUCCUAUCACAGCCAUUAAACUUUGUACUGUUUUGAAGUCAUGGUGAAAUCCUUGAGCGGUUUCCUUCCUCUCCGGCAACUGAGUUAGGAAGGACGCCUGUAUCUUUGCAGUGACUGAGUGUAUUGAUAUACAGUGGCUUGCGAAAGUAUUCCCCCCCCCACCCCACCCCCGGCAUUUUUCCUAUUUUGUUGCCUUACAACCUGGAAUUAAAAUUGAUUUUUGGGGGGAUUUGUAUCAUUUGAGUUAGACAACAUGCCUAGCACUUUGAAGAUGCAAAAUAUUUUUUUGGUGAAACAAACAAGAAAUAAAACAAAAAGAAUGACAUAACUUGAGCGUGCAUAACUAUUCACCCCCCCCCAAAGUCUAUACUUUGUAGAGCCACCUUUUGCAGCAAUUACAACUGCAAGUCUCUUAGGGUAUGUCUCUAUAAACUUGGCACAUCUAGCUACUGGGAUUUUUGCAGAAUCUAGCCACUGGGAUUCUUGCAGAGUUGCAAAGAAAAAGCAAUUUCUCAGACUGGCCAAUAAAAAUCAAAGAUUAAGAUGGGCAGUCUGAGACAUGUCUUUUUCUUUGCAACUCUGCCUAGAAGGUCAGCAUCCCGGAGUCGCCUCUUCACUGUUGACAUUGAGACUGGUGUUUUGCGGGUACUAUUUAAUGAAGCUGCCAGUUGAGGACCUGUGAGGCGCCUGUUUCUCAAACUAGACACUCUAAUGUAUUUGUCCUCUUGCUCAGUUGUGCACCAGGGCCUCCCACUCCUCUUUCUAUUCUGAUUAAAGCCAGUUUGCGCUGUUCUGUGAAGGGAGUAGUACACAGCGUUGUACGAGAUCUUCAGUUUCUUGGCAAUUUCUCACAUAGAAUAUCCUUCAUUUCUCAGAACAAGAAUAGACUGAUGAGUUUCAGAAGAAAGUUCUUUGUUUCUGGCCAUUUUGAGCCUGUAAUCGAACCCACAAUUGCUGAUGCUCCAGAUACUCAACUAGUCUCAAGAAGGCCAGUUUUAUUGCAUCUUUAAUCAGCAUGACAGUUUUCAGCUGUGCUAACAUAAUUGCAAAAGGGUUUUCUAAUGAUCAAUUAGACUUUUAAAAUGAUAAACUUGGAUUAGCAAACACAACGUGCCAUUGGAACACAGGACUGAUGGUUGCUGAUAAUGGGCCUCUGUACGCCUAUGUAGAUAUUACAUAAAAAAUCUGCCGUUUCCAGCUACAAUUGCCAUUUACAACAUUAACAAUGUCUACACUGUAUUUCUGAUCAAUUUGAUGUUAUUUGAAUGGACAAAAAAAUUGCUUUUCUUUCGAAAACAAGGACAUUUCUAAGUACCCCAAACUCUUUAACAGUAGUGGAUUAUAUUGUAUUUAUUUUAUAUUUAUUUUCAUAACCGCUGCAGAAUAAAUUCCUCCCCUUUUCUGCCCAUGAUCAGUUCAUUUUACCGAAGUAGCCAUACAACAAAUUACCAUUUAAUUGGGCCUAGUAGCCUAAAUAGAUAGGCUAUGUAUUUCAAGUUUUGCUGUAGCCGAUGUGAUCCCAUAGGCAGCGCAGAUUAUAACAUACAGUCGAAUUUCACAGGUGAACAGACAGUUGAUCUUUUACGUUGAAGUAUGCAAGUACAGUAGCCUACUGUAAUAAACUUUAUUUUUUUACCCUAGACAAUGUUUCAGAAUAUAGUCCAGAAUUUUUAGGGAAAAGAUUGAUGCAAAACAUUGUUGAAUUCAAACGUUCAGCUGACAGGUCCAAAACAAUUUUCCAUUGUUUUUUCUUUCAGAAACUGUCACAAUCCUUUGCCAAAUACAGAAUAAAUUACUGCAAAACAUUAAAACAUUCUGGCAACACCUCCAUAAACAUUUGAUAACAUUUAUUUUUGAAACUGCCGUGGCCUAAUUCCAAUAGUUUCAGAUUAUACAGCAAAUAAAUUAGUUUAUUGUAACCAUAAAAAGUGAAUGGAGGGCGUUUCCAGGCGGAGUUAUAAUGGCUCGUUCACGCGUGCACAGUUUUACGACGGGUCUGAUUUAAACGGGAAACAUGCAAAUGUGUGGCGUGUGCCAAGUUUAUAAAUAUCAAUAUUUUUUGACAUUUGUAUUCUUUUCAGAAAUUGCACAUGCAGAUAUUUAGUCUGAAAUGUACUCAAUGGUUAUAAAUGAGACCCAUGGCCGGGCCCUAGCUGUGUCAGGUAUUUAUUUGUUCACUGUGGAGGAGUGGACACCAGAAAGGGCUUUGGCUAACGCUUCAUGGGCCGCUAAUUUCCUUCCUGACCUCCUUUUGUCGUGGCUAUGACCCCCUACCUCCCCCUCCUCCCACCCAUCACUGGGACCACCACCCCUGGGUACCCCAUUGCAAUAAAUGCCUAAGCUUGACACGGCCCUGGGGGGGGUCUCGAAGGGUGGGUUUUGGGGGCGAGUUGAAAAGGAAUGGGAGUUGGGGUAAGUCGGUGGGGGCCUGGGGGGUGUACAGGUCUGGAAAGUUGGGUUUGGAGGGACAUAGCGGUUGAGUUGACAAGAGAAGGGAGUUGGCAUAGCCACGGGAAGAUGUUUUGAGUUGGGGGUGCUACAUAAAAAAUAUAUAUAUAUAUAUAUACAGUACCAGUCAAAGAUUUGGACACAUCUACUCAUUCCAGGGUUUUUCUUUAUUUUUAAUAUUUUCUACAUUGUAGAAAAAUAGUGAAGACAUCAAAACUAUGAAAUAACACAUAUGGAAUCAUGUAGUAACCAAAAAAGUGUUAAACAAAUGAAAAUAUAUUUUAUAUCUGAGAUUCUUCAAAUAGCCACCCUUUGCCUUGAUGACAGCUUUGCACAUUCUUGGCAUUCUCUCAACCAGCUUCACCUGGAAUGCUUUUCCAACAGUCUUGAAGGAGUUCCCACAUAUGCUGAGCACUUGUUUGCUGCUUUUCCUUCACUCUGCGGUCCAACUCAUCCCAAACCAUGUCAAUUGGGUUGAGGUCGGAGGAUUGUGGAGGCCAGGUCAUCUGAUGCAGCACUCCAUCACUCUCCUUCUUGGUAAAAUAGUCCCUUAAACAGCCUGGAGGUGUGUUGGGUCAUUGUCCUGUUGAAAAACAAAUGAUAGUCCCACUAAGCCCAAACCAGAUGGGAUGGUGUAUCACUGCAGAAUACUGUGGUAGCAAUGCUGGUUAAGUGUGCAUUGAAUUCUAAAUAAAUCACAGACAGUGUCACCAGCAAAGCACCCCCACACCAUAACACCUCCUCCUCCAUGCUUUACGGUGGGAACUACACAUGCGGAGAUCAUCCAUUCACCCACACCGCAUCUCACAAAGACACGGCGGUUGGAACCAAAAAUCUCCAAUUUGGACUCCAGACCAAAGGAAAAAUUUCCACUGGUCUAAUGUCCAUUGCUCGUGUUUCUUGGCCCAAGCAAGUCUCUUCUUCUUAUUGGUGUCCUUUAGUAGUGGUUUCUUUGCAGCAAUUCGACCAUGAAGGCCUGAUUCACAGUCUCCUCUGAACAGUUGAUGUUGAGAUGUGUCUGUUACUUGAACUCUGUGAAGCAUUUAUUUGGGCUGCAAUUUCUGAGGCUGAUAACUCUAAUUAACUUGUCCUCUGUAGGUAACUCUGGGUCUUCCAUUCCUGUGGCGGUCCUCAUGAGAGCCAGUUUCAUCAUAGCGCUUGAUGGUUUUUGCGACUGCACUUGAAGAAACUUUCAAAGUUCUUGAAAUGUUCCGUAUUGACUGACCAUAUCUUAAAGUAAUGAUGGACUGUCAUUUCUCUUUGCUUAUUUGAGCUGUUCUUGCCAUAAUAUGGACUUGGUCUUUUACCAAAUAGUGCUAUCUUUUGUAUACCACCCCUACCUUGUCACAACACAACUGAUUGGCUCAAACACAUUAAGAAGGAAAGAAAUUCCACAAAUUAACUUUUAACAAGGCACACCUGUUAAUUGAAAUGCAUUCCAGGUGACUACCUCAUGAAGCUGGUUGAGAGAAUGCCAAGAGUGUGCAAAGCUGUCAUUAAGGCAAAGGGUGGCUACUUUGAAGAAUCUCAAAUAUAUUUUCAUUUGUUUAACACUUCUUUGGUUACUACAUGAUUCCAUGUGUUAUUUCAUAGUUUUGAUGUCUUCACUAUUAUUCUACAACGUAGAAAAUAGUAAAAAUAAAGAAAAACCCUUGAAUGAGUAGGUGUAGCCACAUUUUGACUGGUACUGUAUAUUUGGCGUGAGUGCUUUUCCGACUGUUAAGUGAUAAAACUUAAUCCACAGCUAUUUUUUUUAGAAGCUAUUGAUCCUCUGCGGCUAAAUUAUGCUCUCUGGUGUGGUAUUUUGGGAUUAAUUCAUUUAUGUCUGUUCAGCCUGGAGUAAUAUAAUUUUAGAACAAAUUAUUCCAAUUUAUCAGGAGGCGAUGCAGCAUCUCCAGCACCCCUACUUCCCGCAGCUAUGGGUGUUGGGGGGCUGGGGGGGUGCAUCUACAGGCCUUAAUCAGUCCCAAACUGGCACUUUGACAGGGGGGGUGUUGGGUGGCGGUCGGCGUGGGGAUUGGGGGGGUUAAUUUGAGUGGUUUUCUGAAGCGAUGGCCUGGUUGGUGGCACAAUACGCAGCAGUCCAGAGGUACUCCCAUCAGAGCUAUAGGGGCAGGGGGCAGGCCACAGACAGACAGGGCCGGGGCGGUCGCCUGCAGCCACGGGACCCCUUUUGUCUGGUCUCAUUUCUAUGGGCCACCACUCCUCUCAAUGCACCCAUAAGCCCUAUUAGAGGAAGACACAAUUGAACCUGGCAGAUGCGUAUCGCAAGUAAGCUCAAGGAAUUCUGAAGGAGAUGUGAUGUGGCGUCACUUUUGUCUUUUUUCACAGUUCGUUUUGCUCUCUCUUCAGUUGUUUUAAUCUAGUGUGUAUCUUAUUCGCUCUCUCUCCUACAUGCAGACUGUGACUCCUAUUGCAAGGCGUCGAAAGGCAAACUGAAGAUCAACAUGAAGAAAUACUGCAAGAAAGAUUACGGUGAGUUGAGUUCAAUCCUCUGUACAGUACAGUCCUACAGUAGAAGCUCACACAGCCUCCUGAGCCCUGGUGGACUAGGGAGCUCAGCUAGCUCAAGUAUCUAGCUACAUCUUUAUUUACAACACCCAGGACCAAGUCCAGGCCUCACCCCAGGACAACCCUACAGCUCCUGGGCAUUCUAGUGAUGGCUUACUCCGGCUUUUCAAGAAAGAAAGUCAAAGGAUCAAACAAAGGAGGGGGACAAGCCAUCAGAGAGAAGAGCUUAGGGUGUGAGGAUAGAGAGGGUGCGAAGGGGAGGGGGGUUCUAGGAUGAUGGACAGCCCAUCAGGUAUUUAAGGGUAAAGCGGAUAAUGGAUAAAGCAAAGUCGGUGUGACGGACAGUUGGGGUGCGCGCCUAAAGGUCCUCAUUAAGGGGAACUUAAGGUAUGGGCCUUUUCAGACAGGCAUUCCUGUGGCCAUCCCAUCCGGCUGCCCUGGCCAUUGAAAAGGUUGAAAGGUUGAAAAGGUGCUUUAGGUGGUUAAGACCCUGGUGAAGGUUGUGGAGGUUUGACCCCGACCUGAUUGAAGCCAGUCUGUUAAAUCAGUCAACCAAGAAGGGGCAUCCUGCCUGAAAAUACCUUGGCAGAUUGAAUGAAUGACAGCCCAGGCAUUGUUCCUGAGUUUUUGGGGGUUGGAUCCAGGAAUGGUGUCAGGAGGAAUCCCCUGUGCCACAAAUGAAAAGUGGCUUAAAUUAUUUCUCAUUGCAGCUCUUUAAGAGGCAAUUGAUAAAAAAAGAUGGACGAUUUUUUUAGAUGUGAAAAUACUCUACCGUAAUUGUGGUGUUUGGUAAAUGUUUGCCAUGUGUAUGCAUAUGCAAAAAAAGAAAGGUUCUACACCACAGUAACUAGCUUGUGGCCAUUUAUAGGCGAACAGGUUUAAUGAGUGGUAAAAAACUAAAGCUCUGUGGAUCAUUGAUCCCCAGCAGCGUAACUCCAUCUGUGUGAAAGAGGUGAAGCAGUUAAUGUCUCCAGUUAAAGUCAGGCAUUAGGCUAGUGUCAAUAGACCCCCGUAGGGAGACACACUGUCCUGGGGAAGCCCAGUGAUGUGUUGUGGUCUUCAGCUGUACAAACUCUUACCCUUAUAUACUGGACAGAAGUCUGUCUAUAAGUCAGAGCUUGUCAGUGUCAGUGCCCACUGAAGACCCAUAGGGGAGAGAAGAUGGGGAGUGAGGUGGGACCUUACCCAGGUGCAUGUCAUCAAGACAUGACUGUGUAUCUUACUGUAGCUCAGACUCAGCAGUGUUGAGAGAGCUGCUCAACAACACAGGGAGUGUCCUCUACCCCCAUCCUAGUCUCUCACAGGUGGGCAGGUCUGGCAUGCACCGGAGUGGGAGUGUGUAGAGGGGACCUGCUGGUAUUGAUGAGUGAUCCCAGCACCACCCCAGCAUGCCUCAGGGAAGGCUGUGACAAUAUGUUGUGUGUGUGUGUGUGUGUGUGUGUGUGUGUGUGUGUGUGUGUGUGUGUGUGUGUGUGUGUGUGUGUGUGUGUGUGUGUGUGUGUGUGUGUGUGUGUGUAAGGGUCCACAGUGGGGUUAGGGUACACGCUCCUGGACUUCAGAGCAGGCUACAGUAAAGGAACCCCCACUGUUUUACUCUUACUGUUCUCCUCAAUUACCAAUUACAGGCAAUUUCCUCUGCUUCCCCCUCUGGCCCUCUUCAACAUUACCCAAGCCCUCCCCAGCCCUCCCUAACCCUCCCUGGGCCCUGGGUCCAGCCUCCCUGCCAAGGCCUGGGUCUAAUCCACUUUCUCCCUGCCUCGCCAUACCUCAGGGGGGCUUUGUACUGGUCCUGUACAGGAUAAGACUCGCCUCGCGCUUUACACUUCAGUAAGUUGUACUGGAGGGUCCCAGUGUGGCGGAUUGUGAGCGAAGAGCAGUAGGAGUGCAGUGUCUCGCUGUGCCUUGGGCCUAUGCUGGAUAAUAUGCAGACACACUCCAACCCCCAUAGAGAACCACAGGGUGCUUGGAUACAGCCAUGUUUCUAUACAAAAGGGCUGAAAUGACAGUGGAACAGGGCUUAACAAUAGGCUGAGUUAUUUACAGUUGGUCUCUCAGGGUUUCACCCUGUGUUGUUGUGCAAACACAAACAGAGAGCGCCUUCCAGUGGUGACACCUGGGAAGGACAGGGUGACAGAGGGCACCAAUAGGGUUCACCACCAGGUCACCAGCCAGUUCAACCAAUGCCCAUGCUAAUAGUAACAGUAAAAGACAUCAGGAAUGCUAAUGCUAGCAGAAAAGGACACCAGGGCCCUAUUUGAUAACGCUGUGAUCUACCAUGCAUGGCGUAAAAUCUGCAGUGCAGUGCAGGAUACGUCUCAUUGAGAACCCAUUUAGAGAGCCAUGACAUUCACGCUCAGUGAGUCAGUUUGUGUGUAUUGGAGGUAAGCUAAUGACCCAUGGUUUAACGACUGCUGUUACAUUUUAAGGUUAUGUAUGCUGCUUUUGAGAGCUGUUGGUGAGCAAUAGAGCAUAUUGUCAAUGUAGUGCUCUUUCUCCUCUCUCUCCCCCUGAUCCUCUCAGUGAUAUAUUAUACUAUCACAGAGCCGCUCCCCAAAACCCAUCUCCUCACAGCCCAUCCCUGCCUCUUAAUCACAUUACAAAUCAAAUCCCCUGGACGUGGAGCUGGAUCUGCUACCGGACAUCUUUGCCUUGACAGCAUUUCCCUUGGAGGAUACAAGCCUCUGAUGGGCAUCUGGUUAGGUUACAGGCUCAGUCUCCUAUCCACUGGGGCCGGGUGGUUGCUGAUGACUCCACUAGAAUCAGCGCCAAAUGGGGAAGCCAACCUCACUUUUUUAAAGAGAAUAGAACAGAACCCUGCCCUUGAGGCUUUGUCAAUUAUGGUGUUUUUAGUGUCCCGUAAUGCUGCAUGGACAGUGGAGAUCACAGCGUCUCAUGGCGAUGGUCUGUGGAGCCAGUAGCACACGGACUGGAGACACACAUGGACCAGUGGACACAGAGGACUAAGAGCUAGAGGUUUCAGCUACAGACAGCAGGCUACCCGGCGUCAGUACUGCCUGCUUCACUGUCUGUCUGAUACCCUUCUUGGCUGGUGGAUGGUACUAGACUCAGUGUAGCAUACUAGACUUACAGAUGUAGGAUCUUAAUUUGAGCCAGUCUUCUACAGCAGGAAAAUAAUCCUGCAGCAACAGGAAAUGUAAAUUAUUAUGUGGAUUAUAAUGAAUGGACAUUUUUGUAUCGUAAGAGAAAAUCAAGUCUGAAAUUACAAAGUGGAAAUUAUAAACUUUAGAAGCCUUUUUAAACCUCAAAGACGCUACAAGUUUUAAAUGUCCUGCGUUGCAGGAAACUUCUCCUACAACAGGGUGAUUCAAUUAAGAUCCUACAUCUGUAGUGGGAGAUAUACUCACACUAGCACUUUUCCCUCCCUCCCUUCCUCCUGUCAUACUGAGUGGCCAGAGAGAGAGAGAUGAGAGAGAUGUCUAGGCAAGGUUUUUGAAAGAAGGAAAAGGGAUUCCAUGGGAAAUGUUGGACUCGGUCAAACUGAAUUAUUUUGUCCCAGGGUGCCAUAGUAACUGUUGCUGGGAUCUUGGCUUGUCGGUCUAGAGAAGAAGAGUAGGGUCACAGGUCAGGAUAGCAGGAAGGAAUGGAGCAGACGAUAAGGACCGAGUUGCUCUCCUGUGCCAAGAGGACAAGGAUGGGGUUCUAAUUUAAGUCUGUGAUACAGACACGGACCACAGUGAUAGAGAUAGGAAUAACAGCACUGUACUGUGUAUCCCUUUGAGCAGGACAUUUUAAUGCUAGAAUUGAGUCAGACACAAUGGAAAGACAUAACAAUAAAAAUACAUUGUAAAUGACUCGUCACUUAAAGUCUCUCUCUCUCCCCCCACCCCAGCUGUCCAGGUGCACAUUCUGAAGGCGGACAAGGCGGGCGAGUGGUGGAAGUUCACCGUCAACAUCAUCUCUGUCUACAAGCAGGGCGAGAGCCGCAUCCGCCGCGGUGACCAGUUCCUGUGGGUCAGGGCCAAGGAUGUGGCGUGCAAGUGUCCAAAGAUCAAGACCGGGAAGAAGUACCUGCUCCUGGGUAACGACGAGGAUUCUCCAGGGCAGUCUGGAGUGGUAGCCGAUAAGGGCUCCCUGGUCAUCCAGUGGAGAGACACAUGGGCCCGUCGGCUGAGGAAGUUCCAGCAACGUGAGAAGAAAGGCAAGUGCAAGAAGGCAUAG